UUGCAUCAAUUUUUCUCGGAUUAAUCAAGCUAAUGGCAAUAAAAGCUCUCAUUUUAGCUAAGGCAGCCUUAAUAUUGUCAUUAAUUGUAUUGAUUACUAAACUAAAAUCAAAUAAAGAACAAGAGCUUAUUGGUACUUAUUGGAGUGUACCUACUACAGGGUUUUCGGCCGGUGGCCAUCAACCAAUGCGAGCUGCUGCUCAAGCAAGUAAUGUCUAUCCUGAAGUAUUAUAUCCUCCAACUGGUAAUAGCAAUGUAAUGAUGAAUCCUAUGUUCCCUCAUGGACCUGGAGUGCAAGCAGUUCAUAGUAUGCGCAGCUUACAAAGCUCAGAACAGUAGUGGUCAUAACUAAGU